AUGGUCGGGCCUGCGAACAAACGUCAGAAGAGAGAGGAGUAUAAGAACUCCAAAGGUGAUAAGCCUGCGACUGAGCUGCCUAAGAAGAAAUUCUACAGGCAAAGGGCGCACGCAAACCCGUUCUCUGAUCACCAAUUGACCUAUCCUGCUAGUCCUGAGCAUAUGGAUUGGUCUUCACAUUAUCCAGCCUUCGUUCUAGAAAACUCACAAGAACAAAUCGAUGCCGAAAGUGAAGCCAAUGUCCAAACGGGUCUGGCUGUCAAGAGACUGAAGCAAGAUAUUGAAGUCGCAGACAUAGGAUGUGGAUUUGGAGGACUGUUAGUUGCAUUGGCUCCAAUAAUGCCAGAUACUCUGCUGCUAGGUAUGGAGAUUCGAACACAAGUAACAGAGUACGUUCAAGAGCGAAUUAAAGCGUUACGAGCUCAGCACCCUGGACAAUACGAGAAUGCUGCAUGUCUGCGAGCAAACACCAUGAAAUUCCUACCAAACUUCUUCAAGAAGCAUCAGUUGUCAAAGAUAUUUCUUUGCUUCCCAGAUCCACAUUUCAAGGCUCGAAAACAUAAAGCUAGGAUCGUCUCUACUACCUUGAAUUCGGAGUAUGCGUUUGUGGUUCGGCCGGGAGGAAUUAUUUACACAAUCACUGAUGUGGAGGACCUACAUAACUGGAUGGCGCAGCACUUCAAUGCUCAUCCAUCAUUCGAAAGAGUAGGAGAAGAGGAACAAGAGGCAGAUGAAUGUGUAAAGGUGAUGAGGGUAGAGACUGAGGAGGGAAAGAAAGUAGAGCGAAAUCAAGGCCAGAAGUUUGUAGCAUUGUUCCGGCGUCUGGAAGAUCCACCAUGGCGAUGAAGAUACCCAAUGAUAUUUACAGUUACACAAACACUGAGAAAAAAAGAUAUGCAUCGCAGACUUUCUUCAUCAUU